GUGUGUGUGUGCGUGUGUGUGUGUGCGUGUGUGUGUGUGUGUGUUUGAUCAUUUACCUGUGAUUGGGGAAAACAGCUCAGGACCUUGGAGCUGUGUGUUUUUUAGCGAGAGCAGAGGCAGAGCACUGACAUGGAGAAGCAGUUAACAGGUACUCUAGUUCUGGCUGUGUGUGCUGCUGCUCUCGGUUCUCUGCAGUAUGGAUAUGGGAUUGGAGUCAUAAACGCACCACAGAAGGUCAUUGAACAGCAUUACGCUCGCGCUCUGGGUUUUCCCGAGCCUGAUGAACACGCUAACGCUACACUACCCAGUGAUGAAGAUGAUGAAGAGGUGCAGGCGCAGAAGUCCGCUCUCAUCAUGUACUGGUCAUUAUCAGUGGCCAUGUUUCCUGUCGGAGGAAUCGUCUCGUCCUUCCUGGUGGGAUUCGUAGCUGAUUUCAGAGGAAGGGUUAAAGGCAUGCUGGUGAUGAAUCUUGUCUCCCUGGCUGCCAGUCUCCUCAUGGGUUUGGCUAAACUGGGAUCUCCUCACGUCAUGGUGAUUACGGGACGCACCAUCAUGGGUUUCUACUGCGGUCUCUCCUCCGGACUGGUUCCGAUGUACAUCGGUGAAAUCGCUCCAGUGAAAUACAGAGGAGCGUUGGGAACACUGCACCAGCUUGGCGUGGUCACCGGCAUCCUUAUCAGCCAGAUCCUGGGUCUGGACUUCCUCUUAGGGAAUGAUGAGAUGUGGCAUGUGCUGCUUGGUUUAUCUGGAGUCAUCACUGUUCUGCAGAGUUUACUGCUGCCCUUUUGUCCUGAGAGUCCCAGAUACCUGUACAUCAAACUGGGCAAGAAGGAGGAGGCCUGCAGAAGUUUAAAGCGGCUUAAAGGAGAAUAUGACACGUCGAAGGACAUGGCAGAGAUGCAGAAGGAGAAAGAGGAGGCCAUGAAGGAGGCGAGGGUUUCGAUCUGGAGGCUGUUGCGGGCGCAGCAGUACCGCCAGCAGCUCUUCUUGGCUCUGAUGCUGCAUCUGUCUCAACAAUUCUCCGGAAUUAAUGCUAUCUUUUAUUACUCCACCGCCAUCUUCCACAGCGCCGGAGUCGCUCAGCCCGUCUACGCUACCAUCGGAGUCGGAGUCGUGAACACCAUCUUCACACUGCUGUCAGUGGUUCUGGUGGACCGGGCCGGUAGAAGAACCCUGAUGUUAAUCGGUUUGGGUGGCAUGUGUUGCUGUGCAGUGGGAAUGACUGUCGGACUCGUUUACCAGAACACUUACUCCUGGAUGAGUUACUUGAGCAUGACGGCCAUUUUUCUGUUUGUGAGCUUCUUUGAGAUCGGACCAGGCCCGAUCCCGUGGUUCAUAGUGGCAGAACUGUUCAGUCAGGGUCCGCGGCCUGCCGCCAUCGCGCUCGCCGGCUUCUGUAACUGGACCAGUAACUUCAUGGUCGGAAUGUUUUUCCCAUACAUUGAGCAACUCUGUAAAAUGUACGUCUUCAUCAUCUUCGUGGUUCUGCUGUUCGGGUUCACCGUCUUCACGUGUUUACGAGUUCCUGAGACUAAAGGGAAGACCUUUAAGGAAAUCGCAGCUCUGUUUCAGAAGAAACUCCCUGCAGAACGAUCCAUGGUGGAAACAGAACUGCAGCAACUCAAAGGCACAUCAGAGGCUUGA